GAUGUCAGGCGCACGCAGUGUGCGUGCGUCAAAAUACAUCACGUUGCACGCCGUGGAGUGUGCUGUGAUCAAUAACGACAGAGAAAGAUGAGCGUGGACGCAGAGCGUGUGUUGAUCCAGCUCCAGGAUGAGAGCGGUGAGGUGCUCGGAUCCCCCUUCGAUGUGCCGCUGGACAUCAGUCCGGAUAAACUGCAGCUGGUCUGCAACGCGCUGUUACAGAAGCCAUUUUCACUCCAUCACAGGAACCCAGAGUGUCGGUAUUUGGCUAGCACCAGUAAAGACUGUUCGAUUCGGAUCUGGGAUACGAUUUUGGGCCGCUGUGAUAAGAUCCUGACGGGACACACACAGUCGGUGACGUGUGUAAAAUGGGGAGGUGAUGGUCUCCUGUACACCUCAUCUCAGGACAGAACCAUUAAAGUCUGGAGAGCCAAAGAUGGGGUUCAGUGUCGUACACUGCAAGGUCACGCUCACUGGGUCAACACGCUGGCCCUCAGCACCGACUACGUUCUGCGCACAGGAGCGUUUGAGCCUGCUACUGCAACCAUUAACCCUCAGGAUCUCUCUGGAUCAUUGGAAGAGAUCAAGGAAAAGGCUUUGACGCGUUACAACAGUGUCAGAGGUGAAGGUCAUGAGAGGCUGGUGUCAGGAUCAGAUGAUUUCACAAUGUUCUUAUGGAACCCAGCAGAGGAGAAGAAGCCAGUGGCCCGUUUGACGGGUCACCAAGCGCUGGUCAACGAGGUGCUGUUCUCACCAGACACACGACUGAUCGCCAGCGCUUCCUUCGAUAAGUCUAUAAAGAUCUGGGAUGGAAAGACGGGAAAGUACCUGACCUCACUUCGCGGUCAUGUGGGGCCAGUGUACCAGGUGUCGUGGUCGGCAGACAGCCGUCUAUUGGUCAGUGGCAGUAGUGACAGCACCCUGAAGGUGUGGGACAUCAAGAAGGGCAAACUGAACGCAGAUCUGCCUGGCCACGCUGAUGAGGUUUUUGCAGUUGACUGGAGUACCGACGGACAGAGAGUGGCCAGUGGUGGAAAAGACAAGUGUUUAAGGAUAUGGAGGAAGUAACCCAGAGAAACCAGCGGCCCCUCGCUCUGCACGCAACAGCCAAUCAGGCGUCUCAAAGCAUCACACCACAGCAUGGUGGACAGCAGUGUCAGAGCAUUAAGCCUUAGCCUAUUUGUCCAAUGAAACCGCUUCGACAGCAUCACAAUAGCUGAAAUAUAAUGCUCACUGAUGUUGUCGGGCCAGAUAGUGGGAAGAUAAAUGCUGCCUUUUUUGCACCACUCAAAUAAGCAAUUGCCCUAUGGAAGUGCAGGCGAACUGACCCAGUCUAAUCAGUGUAAUCUUUCUCACACACAUUUGUAAUUAACUUAAUCCCUAAUGCUGCGAUACAGGCAGCAUUAACUGGGUCUGUUCCAGCACCGAGAGAUAACCAGCAUUGUCACAGUGGACCGUACUACGUCAGCAGACGUUUUCUCAUAUAACAAGCAGUAAAAGGAUUUUUAUGGGA